GAGGAGGAGUGAACGGUCCCGGUUCAAACACACACACCGGCCUGAGAAGAGAAGGAGGAGAAGGAGAGGAAGAAGAAGGAGAAGAAGAAGAAGAAGAAGAAGAAGAAGGAGAAGAAGAAGAGGAGAGCGCACCGGACCCCGAGAGUGUGUGAAGGAGAGUGGGAGAGAGUGGGAGACUGACAGGCGUUACCGAGACGAGACGAGCCGAAGCGUCGACAUGAGCGGUCAGUUUGAGGAAGACCUCCACGACAGGGGCGAGAGGAAGAGCAGUAAAUCCCCGACGCUGCUCUCCUCUUACUGCAUAGACAGCAUUCUGGGCCGCCGGAGCCCCUGUAAGGUCCGGCUGAUAGGGGGGCAAAGUUUGACGGGUCUGCCCGGCAGAGGGGAGCUCGACAAGACGGCUGACAGGCCAACCAAAGACCCCCUUUCUCUCGCCGCUGACAUGCACCUGCCUCCCAAGCUCCGCCGCCUGUACGGCCCCGGGGGGAAGUACCUCCACGACCACGCAGAGACACUCGACAGGGAGCGGCUCCUCCUGGAGCAAGCCAGCGACAGCCUCAAGAUCAGCCAGGCGCCGCAGGUGAGCAUCAGCCGCAGCAAGUCCUACCGGGAGAACGCGUCGCUGAGCCGGGGAGAGGGCGACCAGAGUCCCGGGGAGGGCUCGGAGGACGGCAGUCUGGGGCUGGUGGAGCUCGGCCCGCUCAAGUUCGAGGAGGACGCGGGGAAAGAGGAGGAGGGCUGCGGGGACGCGGCCGCGCUGUCCCCGAAGGACGAGGAGAGGGAGAGCUUGAACGCCGGGGAUGGGGACGUGAGGGACGGGGAGGACAGCGUGUGUCUGUCGGCGGGCAGUGACUCGGAGGAAGGGAUGCUGAAAAGGAAGCAGAGAAGAUACAGGACUACCUUCACCAGUUACCAGCUGGAGGAGCUGGAGAGAGCUUUCCAGAAGACACACUACCCCGACGUCUUCACCAGAGAAGAGCUCGCAAUGCGCCUGGAUCUCACCGAGGCCCGUGUGCAAGUGUGGUUUCAGAACCGCAGAGCCAAGUGGAGGAAGCGUGAGAAGGCCGGGGUGCAGGCCCACCCGUCAGGCCUGCCGUUCCCAGGCCCCCUGGCAGCGGGCCACCCUCUCAGCCACUACCUGGAGGGAGGGCCCUUCCCUCCCCACCACCACCCUGCCCUGGAGUCAGCGUGGACGGCUGCUGCAGCUGCAGCCGCCGCGUUCCCCGGCCUAGCCCCACCGCCGCACAACGGCUCCGCUCCGCCCCUGGCGACCCCGCUUGGCCUGGGCACCUUUCUGGGCACAGCUGCCAUGUUUCGCCACCCUGCCUUCAUUGGACCCACUUUUGGCAGGCUCUUCUCCAGUAUGGGUCCCCUGUCCAGUGCUUCCACCGCUGCAGCCCUCCUCCGUCAGCCCGCCCCCCCUGUAGAGAACCCCUCCCACGCGGGCCCCGUCCUCCCCGACCCUUCCUCCUCCUCGUCCUCCCCCUCUUCCGCGGCCGCAGCAGACCGCAGGGCCUCCAGUAUCGCCGCGUUGCGCCUCAAGGCCAAGGAACACUCGGCUCAGCUCACCCAGCUUAACAUCCUGCCCGCCGGAGCCGCAGGGAAGGAGGUGUGCUGAACACUCAACACCAGCUCUAGGCCUCCCUGUCCUGGGCUUACGUCCCAUUCCAUCACACACCCCCCACCCACGUCCCCCCCUCUCCAAAAACCCAUUCAUACCUCUGGAGGCUGAUGUCCUGACAUCCCCUUGUUCAACCACCCCUGUUACCUCAUGUUUCCCCAACAAAAUAGCACAACCAAAUUCAAAAGAGCACAGGCUAAAAGACAGUGAGUGUGUGUGUGUGUGUGUCUGGUGAUGACAGCUAUCGUAAUUUUGUUUUACACUCCAUACACACACCUCUCUGAAUGACACCUCAGUAACUUGAAGAACAAUUACAAUAUUUUAUGACACAGCUAAAAAGAUUUUCCUAAUAUUACUUCACACUACAUAUAAUCCACAUCUUUUUUUGAUGGUGUGCCACAUGAAUACACACCACAUACAAAAUAUAAGUACACACAGCUGCAAUGAAGGAAUUUAAAAAAGUAUACUUUCCUAAAGCACAAAUUUGGAAUACUUGUACUUUAGUAUUUCCAUGUGAUGCUACAUUAUACUUUACAUUUAAUUUAUUCUACACCUCAUUCAUUUAGCAAUAAUUAGCUACUUUAAAAAAUAGGAUUUUACACACUAAACACAUGAAUUUAUAAAAUAUUAAGCACUGUAACUGCUGCCCAAAAAUACACCUACAACUACUUACACAUUAAAGCAUCAGCUAUAAUAAUUCAGUAAUGUAAAAUACAGCUGUAUCGCUCACAGGGGCCAUUUUUCUGCACUCUUAAAGUACAUUUUGCUCAAUUUUUUUUUGUACUUUUACUCAAGUAACAGGACUUAACUUGUGAGAGGGUGUAUGUUUUGCCCAAGGAAAUGAUCUGUCAUCGCACACACAUACACAAACACACACACAUACACACAAACACAGAAAGAGCUGAAGAACCGCAGGGGAACCCAGACUUGUAGAAAGGAUUCCUGUGCUACUUCAAAUGUGGACAACUCGAGUGCUCGACAUUAACACUGCUUAAUCUGUAUGCAUUGAUGUGGGCUGAGCCAGUCUGCGUCUAUAAUAAAGGCGAGUUGGAGGAGGUCCCCCCCGCACCCCACCCACACCCCCCCAGAACCAAAGGAAAACUGUCCAUAGACCUUCCAUAGCCUUCUCUACAAGCCUGACUCCUCUCCGCUGCUCGCCUGUCCACCAGUCACACUCAGCAGCACCACUGUGCAUAAAUACCUUUUAAAUCUCUGACUCAAACCAGAGUUAUUCAAGGUCGUUUCCAAGCGUCAGAUUUCUGUAAAUUUGCUGCAAUUUGAGAUUUUUUUUUUCUCUCCCCCCUCCACCUCAACCCCUCUCUUUGAUUAUCACAGCAGUGGCACUUUCCACUGAGUCUGACUCCAGGACACGCGAGCAAAAGUUGAGACCUGACAAACUGUACAUAUUGUGUAAAAAAAAGGGGGGGAGAAAAAAAAGUACCACAAAAAAGGAUGAUUUUCAAAACAAGGUCGUGUAUAUUUCAGGAGACCGUGUUUUGAUAAUUUGCACUCCGUGUAGUGUUUAAUGAAUGUCGCCCUGUGUAGAAUUUCACCUGUGUUUAUGAAUUAUUAGGAUUUUUAGAUCAUUAUUUAUGUCAAAACUUUUCCCCCCCGAGGAACCGAGUGAAGGAGAUUUUGUUUUCUUAUUAAGUGAUUGUAAGUUUCCUGGUUUAAUAAUUGCUAAUUUGAAUAAAUUACACUGGUAAAAUGAGUUAUCUUUUAUUAUUUCAAAUUCCUUUAGAGCUGACAUAGGCCUAAACCAGGAAAAAAAUAAACAAUGUGAAAUAGAAUAUUAUAGAACUAUUAAUAAAAGGUGUUAUGAAGAAAA